GUUGCCGAAGUGUAGGCCUCAGCUGAAAAAAUGCUGCUAGCGCCCCAGGAAGGGUUGGCCUCUAAGAAGAGAAUGAAGCCGAGUCGCUGGCAACGGUUCUCAAGGAAGCUGAAUCCCAAGUCGUCAUUUGACCCUGGCAGUGUUGGGCACUGGAUUAAGAGAGUGGAGAAAGCUUCAGAAUUUGCCAUUUCGAAUACAUAUCCCGCCACAAAUGCAGAUUUACCUGGAAGGCUUUGGCAACACUCGGUAGAUCUGGAAACAUGUGAACAAGCAGAGUAUCAUAAUGACGUCUAUGAAGAAGCUCAGGAGCUAGUCAAUGACUGGCUAGACAACAAACUUAAACAAGAAUUAGCAAGUGAUGGAGAAGGGGAAAACACUGUGCCAAGCAGUGUUCUAGACACCCAUGGCCAUUUGAAGUAUGACAAGUUUGAUGAUUUAUGUGGCUAUUUGGAGGAAGAAGAGGAAAGUGCCAGUGUUCAAAAAUUUAUAGAGCAUCUGCUCCAUAAAGAAGUGGUGGAUUCUAAGAUGAUGGAAGAGCUUGGAAUGAAGGAAAACCAAGGCAAGAGGCAGCAGAAGGAUCCUCGUCUUACCAUGGAGAUGAGACAUAAGCAGGUCAAAGAAAAUCGCUUAAGACGUGAGAAACAACUGCAGUUCCAGGAAAUGGAAAAUGCCCUGAAAAAAGCAGCUUUCUUGGAGGCUCAGUGCCUAGUUCAAGAGGAGAAGAGAAGGAAGGCUGUACUGGCCAAGAAAGAGAAGGAGGGGAUUCAGAGAGAGAUGAUAAAGCUGCGGAGGGAGAUAAUUGAAAGAAGACACACUGUGGAAGAAGCAUGGAAAAUAGAAAAGAAAAGGCAAGAAGAAAAUUCUCAGAGGAAUCCAGAGGAAAAAAUGACGGAAAGUGCUCACAUACAUCAGGGUGAGGAAAAAGUUGAAAAAGAAAGAAAAAGAAAACUGAGGGAAAUACUAAUCCGGACUUUCAAGGAAAAUCACCAGUGUCAAAAACGGUAUUUUUCUGCCUGGCAUAAGCUGAUACUGGAUCAUAGGAUUAAGCUGGGGAAAGCGGGGACCCUGUCUGACUGGAAGCUUCAACUGAAGGUUCUGCGAGCCUGGAGAGACCACACACGAUCCCAGAAGGUGGAGCGGGAGACUCAAGCCUUGGAAAAUGACCUUAGGGAAGAGAACAGAAAACAACAGCUGGCUACUGAGUUUAACCGGAAACAAGUUCUUCGAUACUGCUUUGCUGAAUGGCAGCGUUGGCAUGCUUCAGAAGUUAUAAAGAGGGAGGUGGCUGUAGCAAAAGAGCAAACGAGGAAGAAAAUGGAAGAACUGCUGAAGGCAGCCUCCCUUGGGAAACUCAGUUCUAAUGGGUCAUCAGGUCUCCAUCUUCUUGCUGAGGCAUCAGCCGUGGUGGACCUGCCAGUAGGAAGUGGAGAGGUCUCUCUCAUGUCCCCUUUGUGGGAAAAGCCACCUCUGGAGAGCAAUGGUUAUACCCUCAACCAUUCGCUAGGAAUAACAACGAAGGGUAAUUUUCAGGGUCCUCUCCCAAAUGUCUCUGGGAGCACACCUGGCCCCAAGCAGCCCCCACCUCCAGGUGCUGAGACCUCUGAACAGCCUGGGAACCAUGAAAAACCUGGGACCACUAGCCAGGUAACAGAACCAGUUUGUGUGGGGCAUUUCCACUGCCACCAUGUCUACCAGCAACAGCUGAUUGAGAAGCAAAGGAAGAAACUUGAGGAACAGCAGAAAACCAUUCAGAAGCUGAAGAAAAACCAGAGGUUGGCAGAGGCACGGUGGGCAGCUGAGCGGGCCGCAGCAGGCACAGAAGCACAGGGCUGCCUUCAGCCAAAGCCCAGAGGAGCAGCAGAGCCCCGGGGAACCUGCCAGAGGCUUCUGAAGUACGGGUGUGAAGAUAGAACUGAUUCCAGAAAUUCUCUUUCUGCAUCUAAAAGGACCCCAAUGAAGCCGACAGCACCCCAUCCCUUACUGAAAGCCAUGGAAGAGAGAGCAAUUCAACGAGCUGAACGUAGGCGGAUCUUGGCAGAAAGGAAGAAAAAACAAGAAGAAGACAAAUUGGCUCACCUAAAGGCCCAAGAAGAAGAACGCCAAAAGAAGGAAGCAGAAGAAAAGGAAGCUCAGCUGGAGAGAAGACGAGAGGAAAAGAGGCUGAAGAAGAUGAAAGAACUAGAGAAACAGAAGAGAAUUAAAAGAAAUCAAGAGUUGGAAGCAGUAGCCAAAGAUCACUAUGAAAAGGUCUUGUUAAAGAAAAAAGGCCUGGAGCCCUGGAAGAAACUGAGAAUGCAAAGCAAGCAAAACAUUGAGAUAGCAGAAGAACAUCACUCUUUGGCUCUACAAAGAAAAUGCCUGCUCAGCUGGUUCCAGUAUAGCCAGGAAAGUCUGGCUAUGAAGACAGCCAAGGCUGAUCAGUUUUAUUCCCAACUAUUGUGUAGAAAAGUCUUCCAAAGCUGGCUCCAGUAUAUCAAUGAUCUGGAGAAAGAAGUCAGAAAACUCUUCACCCACUUACUACUGAAGAAGGUUUUCAGGGCCUGGUUGACCUUGGUCAGGGAGCUGAGAACUGAGUCUCAGAGAAAGCUUGAGACUGCAGGAGAACACUGUGACAGGAAGAUUCUCAGUGCCACACUCCAGACAUGGAAGGCAUUUGUAAAAUUUUCCAAAGAAGAACGAGUAAAGGAAGAACGGCGAGACCAGCUCCGCCGGAAGGUCACUGAAAUCCUUCCAGACUUCCGGACGCUAGCACCAUUGUGAUGGCUGCGUACCAGUAGCUACCUACUUGUUCUCCAAAGAAGUCUUUGGUGACGGGAUGUGUUGUCUCCACCCACACACUUACCUGAGCCUCGUUUACUCUCUAGAUGUGUCAUAAACCAGAAGAAUUAUCUUGGGAAUUUAUUUUUCCAUCUUGAUCUUUCCUAGCUUGUUAGGCAUCUGUUGUAAUGUCUCAUAGUGGGGUCACUCGAAAGCAGUAUAGAGCACAACCGUUGAGUGUAU